AUGACGUCUGCAGUGUUUGUUCUCUAUCUCACAUGUCAGUUUUGGGGCAAUAUGGCUCAGCUGACUGAUCUGAAAUCCUCCUCAUCUGUUCAUCAAGACAGUGGUUUUAUAUCAGCUAAUGUUGGUGACAGCGUAACUUUAAAAUGUUCUGAUAAAGGUCAUGUUAGUGCAAGGCUUUACUGGUAUAAGCAAACUCUGGGACAGAAACCAAGGCUCAUCUCCACUUUCUAUGAGUUUGACAAAAAUUACACUUUUUAUGAUGAAUUUCAGAACAAUCCACGCUUCACACUGGACACUGGAAACAGUAAAAAUCACGUGACAAUCACAGAUUUGCACAUUUCAGACUCAGCUACUUACUCCUGUGUUAGUUCUUAUUUAAAUAUUGUACAUUUUUUGGAGGUCACGACUCUCAAUGUAAAGACUUCAGGUUUAAACAUCCAGGCUUUGGUGCAUCAGUCGGCAUCUGAGAGCAUCCAGCCAGGAGGCUCUGUGACUCUGAACUGUACAGUACACACUGGGACCUGUGAUGAUGGAGAACACAGUGUUUACUGGUUCAAAAACUUUGAAGAAUCUCAUCCAGGACUCAUUUACACACAUGGAGACAGGAAAAAUCAGUGUGAGAGGAACACCAACACACAAACACACACCUGUGUCUACAACUUGCCGAUGAAGAGUCUGAAUCUUUCUCAUACUGGGACCUACUACUGUGCUGUUGCCUCAUGUGGACAGAUACUGUUUGGAAACGGGACCAAGCUGGAUGUUGGUGAUGAAGUAGACUCUCUUGUCUUGGUGUAUAUCUUGAGUGGAGCUUUGGUGUUCACCAACCUCAGUGUUUUACUGGCUUUCUCAAUGUACAAGAUGAACAAGAGCAACAGUGGCCAAAUUACAGAGUCUCAAGUAAGAAGUUCAGCUCCGUACACAAACGCAAAGGGCUACAAAGAUGCAGACAAGCUGUAUUAUGCUGCUGUAAGUAAGAACCUGACCAACAGACAGAAGGACCGAAUCUGGAGUGAAUGUGUGUACUACAGCGUAAAGAAGUAG